AUGCUCUGUACAAACAGACCCGAGGGCUUCGGCCCAGCCUCCCACCUCAAUUCCUCAACCCUCCCCACAACUUGUUUCACAGACGUUAUCCUCAUUCCCCUUCCAACAUGGCUCGCUCUCGCCUUCCUACCUAUCCUCUUUGCUCUAGGGCUACACCACCGCAAAAUCAACUAUAACCCCUCCACCGCACACUUGCGCUCCAAUACCCGCUCAUCAUGUCUUUACCUCACCUUCCUUACCAUUUACUACUUCCUUAUUUUUGCAAAUAUCGCCAUGCUUACUCUCGAAAUCGUGCGGUUGACUAACCUUCACUAUGGCAUUGGUUUAUUGCCAUUCGCCUACGCUGGAAUCCUUCUCUCGGCUGCUUUGUUUUGGAGUGAAGGAAUAGAACGACGUGUAAAGUGGUGGCAGGGAAUAAAUAUGUUGGUUUGGAUAGGAGGAAUUGUCAUGAGUGCUGUGCAGGUUAUUGGAUUGAAACAACAAUAUGGCUACGACGGGAGAAAGGAGAGCAAAUAUCCAGUUAGUGACCAGAUUCUUGAUGUAGCUGUCAUGGCGGGUGUAUAUGCCGUUAUUGCACUACUGGAGGUUGUGCUGGUCGUAUGGAGGAGGAAAAGAAGAGCAUCAGCCUUGAGGUCGGAGAGAGGAGAAAUGGGUGCGUUUGAAUAUGGGAGAGGCGUAAGCGAGAGCUCUGGCGUGAAGGAGUAA